CGAAGAACCUGAUUGGCUGUCAAAAAUCAAUCGACAGAUGGCGUGCACGUGUAAUGUUUUAAAUAAUCGCUUCACAACAUAAUCCCACUUCGACCAAGAACAUGUGGUAUCCCUUCCCAAUGCUCAUGCCGUUGUCUCUGUCGCCGGAGCCACAGCGUCCAUCAGAUAUUUCUCAAACGCCCUAUGCAUCAGGGAUGAUUCGGAUGCAUAUGGUACCUUGUGACCAACGUUUCUUUCAAAAUGCAAUGAACGGGUUGGCUGACCCUCCGUCUUUGUCGAUAGAGGACUGCAGGAAAUUCCUUCUCAACAGGUCUGUGUUUGACCUGGUGAAAGUCACCCAUUUCCUGGAGCUGACAGACCCCAAGCUGCUGGGUUGGUACUUAUCGCUGCCUGUGGAGGAUAGGAAGCUCAUACAAGAGGAAGGAGGACUCCAUCGGUUUCUGCAGAGGCAUCCGGCUCUGAACGUAGCCAGACAACUGGUUUAUGUGAAACAACAGGUGAGAGGUUGCUGGAAACCUCCUGCUGUUACGCAGACGAUGUCGUCAAACCUAAACAAAUCCAGAAGGCCCACAUUCUAUGGUGUGAUUCAGUGUCCCAACUGUGGAACCAGUUGUUCUUCAGGAGCUAAAAUAUGCCGACGCUGUAGCACACCUAUCCAUAAGGAGAUCCCGGCAUGCCAUUCAGAAGAGGAGAAAGAGUUAGGUCUUCUUCCCAACAAUGUGAAGGAGGAGCUUAAUCUGUUCAACUGUUCAGGGCACGGAGGAGUCCAGUCAGUCCAAGCCCACCACCAGGCGGAAGCAGGAGCAGUGCAACAGUUCAGGGGAUGUCAGCCUCAGUCCUUUACUACUACUACCUUCCCAUCCACAACAGUGGGAUGUCUGGUCAACCUUCAGGAUAGCUUCCAGUCAGCCUGUGGUGAUACCAGUGGCAGCCAUAUUGGAGCCACAGAGGAUUCUCCAGGCCAACAGGAGGUGCACUUCUCCAAGGUCGAGCUGCUCUCUCAGCUGUGGGAGGAAGGGCGGUGGCAGGAUGGCAACAACUGCAGUAGUGUGGCGGUAUAUAAGGAUCCGUCUGCCCAGACUAGCUUCUCUCUGGAUAUGGAGCUGGAGAUACAAAGCCAGAGAGGAAAAACCCUGAGCCAGUCUGCCAUCAAAAGCCAGGAGGGUGAAUCGAUGGCCAAAUCCAUGUCCAUGCAUGACCACAUGGCAGACUUCCCCAUGUUGGACCGGGAGACUCCUCCAGAGUACUACAGCUUCAACAGCACUAGGAUGGACCGCACAGAGUGGAACGACACCAGCAUCAACACCAGCCAGUUAGUGGAGCCGGACCGCGACGACUCACUAUCACUCAUGGCCACCAUGAGGAGCACUGAGCAGCCUAGCGGCGCAGUGGAGGUGGAGCCACCUGAAGGCAGUAUGGUGUCUUCCUGCGCUGGAGACCGCAGCGAGUACUGUGAUUGGACUUACGACAACUGCCCCGGCAACCUAGCAAAUGAGGAAGAGGCCUCAAGAUGCGAGAUAGAGAAUAACGGUGUCGACUACCGGAGCCUCAUGAAAGAGGAUGGGAGUAUUCUCAUGUAUAAAGCAAGUAAUGAGGGGACACCUGACUUAAACGUGACACCCCCUCAAGGCCAAACCAAGAUGGACCAGUCUGGUUGGUCUAGAGAGAGUCUCAGUGCACCCCAAACCCUGAAGAAAGAGGAGUUGUCCAUCUAUGAGGAGUCCUUCUUGUCAAUAAGCCCUGGUGGGGCAUCGGCGGACGUCGUGACCACCACACAGCAUGAGAACGGUAUGUCUGCGUUCUCGCUAGUCAAUCUGAACCAGACUUUUGAUCUCUCGCCUUCACGGGUCACAGAAGCCAGGCUAAGCACAGCCGACCAUUCAACAAAUACUUGGCCUGCCGUCGCUAAACAUGUGUUGGUUGGUAUUGACCACAGUCUAACAGGCUGCAACCAGAACACACAAACUCAGGGCACAGCUACAACUGACAAGUCUGUCAUCACUGAAGUCCACAUGGCAGACCUGGAGUAUCUGACUGAGGAAUUCAUCAAGCUGAAAUUUUCUCAAGAGGAACUGAAAGAGCUGAAAGAGCAAAUGGCAAGCUCUACAGGCGGUGUGAGUGUGAGAGAUGGAAGAGGCUGCGACAACGCGGACCGUGGGGAAUGUGACUGUGGCCAGCGUGCCACGCGGGCAGAGCUGAACCUGCUGGCCCUGCAGUAUGCGAUGUGCCAACGGCAUUGCUGGAGACGCUACUACACCUCACCUGAGGGAGACCGUCUGGUCCAGGGGACUGAGGGCCCUCCUGAGAGCCUGGUGACAGUGCUGCAGCUCCUGGAGGUAGACUACAGAGAGAUGAGGAGACGGGUCCUGUCAGGUAUACCCCUGGACCAGCUCAGGCCCCUGUCUGUCGACUCCCAGAGGAUCACCUCAGGGACCAGCUAUGUCCCCCAACAUGUAAAUUCCCUCUGGUGCCCUUCCUUCCCCUCAGUACAUUGUGUUUGUACUAUGCAGUGUGGAUCUCAUGGUUGUUUUUCCCCUUUUCAGAUAAUUGACGAGUCUUUGGGAAAUGCUCUGUCUGAUGCCUCAGGUAGGAUCUCCCAGCAGUUGCAGGUAGAGGAUGCCCGUGUCGACGACGCCAGUGCAGGUGGUGAUGGAGAGUUAAACAGACCCAGUCUGUCCCAGUCUGUUUUAUCAGUCCUUGGACAGGAUGAUGGGAUGGUUGGUAGGAUCAAGGCAGAAGUGCCCGUUGGUAACCCAAAGGCUGAGGACUGCAGAUCUGUGAAAGCGGUCAUCCACCUCCCCCAGCAGCCUGUGGUCAACCGGAGGCCCAGGCCAGGUGGAACCAAAGACCACAACUCCAGCGAGGCGUGGUUCGAUGCAGAGGAGGACCUUGAGCCUGAUGGUGUAGAGCUGAAGGAAGGAGGUCUGGCUGAGGUCCUGGUGGAGGAAGGAAAUGGCAAGAAUAGGGUUGAGGGGGAAAAGCCGCAUGACAGACAUACCCCUAAAGAUUUUUCGUUCACGGGAGUCGUUGGGGAGAAGGAUCAGAGCUCCUUCCUGUGCGUCACAGACCUUCCCAGUGAUGUAACGGAGAGAGAAGUUAUGCUCUGGUUUGAGAAGUAUCAGGCUUCUGAAGUGAGCAUUUCCACCUUCAGCAACAACCUCCGAGUUGCUAUAGUGACUGUGAGUGGUCCAAAGAUGGCUGACAGUGCAGUGAGUGAGAUGGACGGGUGCAGUAUGCAUGGACAGACAGUGCAUGUGGCGCACAUCUGCAGCCCAAGCCACACUGGUAACCAGAGCCAGGGUCAGGGGCGGCAAACCCAGCAGCAGCAUAGUCCCUCAGCCAGCACCAAGGCAGGGCCCUCUGGAGACACUCCAUGCCCCCAAGACUCCAAGAGGAGAAACACCCAUAUCACCACCCCACUGAUGCCCCUGCAGCUCAGCCUCCAGAAGAGGACCACCGUGUGUGACUCCCCCACGGCGUCGGGGACCUGUGUGCCCCAGCACUACGCCACCAUGGGUAGCUUCGAUACACUGAUGGCCCAUUUGUCAUUGCGCCACCCAGAGGCAGGGAGGCAAAGGAUUGUAGAUGCCCUGCUGGACCUGAGGGCCAAACACCAGGGGUUCCUCAGUGGCCUGCCUCUCAAGACCAUUGUAAACAUGACCUCUGACCUGCUGACACGAUAAGGACUCCACUUUCUAUUCUAUUGUUGAUAAUUGCCUUUGUUGAAACCCAGGUUACAGGUUUGCCCAAAGCCAGGCUUUUGAUUUACUUGAAUGUAGUAAACAACUUAUCCACUGUUUUGUUUGUUCCUCACAUACGGAAUGUUAUUACUCUACUCUUUUGCUACAAUACUCAGUGAAUUGUUUUAUCUACUUUUGAACCUGAAAAGUGCAAAUAUAAAAAAUUAAAAAUUAGUUUGCAAAUGGUUCAAUUACAAUUGAAUUGUUAAGUUAAUUCAAAUCACGGUAGAAUUGCAAAGGAGUUUUGCAGAAUGUUUUAUGUUCUGUUUCAGUUAAAAUAAAUCUGAGAACCUGAAAUGUUCUUGGAUAUCAGGGUAGGUUGUGUUUAAAAAUACAUUUGUUUUGUUCUCAACAGGACAAUUUGCUUAAUGUCUGGAAGUGUAGUUCACAUAUUCUUCCAGAUUCUACCAUUUUCCCCUUUGUCCACCCUUUCAGUAUUAGAAUACUGUUAUUGACAAAGCUACAGUGCCUUCAGAAAGUAUUCAUACCCCUUGACUUAUUCCACAUUUUGUCAGACUGAAUUCAAAAUGGAUUAAAUAGAUCUACACACAAUACCCCAUAAUGACAAAGUAAGCAUGUUUUUAGAUUUGUAUUUUUGUCAUAUGUAUUGAAAAUGAAAUGCAGAAGCAUAUCAUUUACAUCAAUGUUCACACCCCUGAGUCAAUACUUUGUAGAAGCACCUUUGGCAGUGAUUACAGCUGUGAGUCUUUCUGGGUAAGUCUAAGAGCUUUGCACACCUGGAUUGUGUAACAUUUGCCCAUUUUUAUUAUUUUCAGAAUUGGUUGUUGGUCUUUGUUACAACCAUUUUCAGAUUUUGCCAUAGAUUUUCAAGCUGUAACUCAGACACUCAGGAACAUUCACUGUCUUCUUGGUAAGGAAUUCCAGUGUAGAUUUGGUCUUGUUUUAGGUUAUUGUCCUGCUGAAAGGUGAAUUGAUCUCCCAGUGUCUGGUGGAAAGCAGACAACCAGGUUUUCCUCUAGGAUUUUGCUUGUGCUUAAUGCCAUAAUGUUGUGUUUUUUGUUUUUUUUAUACUCCCCAGUCCUUUACGAUUACAAGCAUACCCAUAACAUGACGCUUCCACCACUGUAUUUUCCGAAGGAACUGUACUUAUUAGGCUGUUGGAUGUAUAAUUUCAGUUUGGAUAUUGUUGCUUUAAUAAAAGAGACUAUAGUUUGG